GCUGAGUCACACGCUAGAAAGAGAGCGAGAAAGAGAACGAGAGAGAGAGAGAAAAAGAGAGAGCCAGUGAAAGUCACAUACACCGUACGCCCCACUCGGACUGACUGACCGAUGUGAGUGUUGCGGUAUUAUCUGGAAAAAAAAAUGGGAUCUAUACUGGAAUAAAAUAAUCCUCAUGUUAUUGACAUGACGGGACUUUAACCAAGAACGCAGGGUUUGGUUCCCGCUGAGAAGAUGGAGGACAUGAAUGAGGACGUGAAGGAAGAGAGUGAAGUCGCUGAUACCCAGAGCAACAACAAACCCAAAUGGACCAAUGGUCAGUGUGUUUUGGCAAUGCCGAGCUUUUCGCUGUUAAACCCCAGCUUUGACCUCUCUUUGUGCAGCUCCACGCUGGAGACCAACGGCUUCCAGGUGACAUUUGGACUUAUUCCAGUCGCAGACAUGGAAGCUCCGUUAAGAACAGCCUUGGAUGUUCCUUCAGUCAGAAGAUACAUGAUUUUCAACUCAUCCCUCUUCCAUUUUAUAGUAGCACCGUUUCUGUAUUUGGUGUUGUGGUGCGCAGUUUUCUCCACCCUUCGCCUCUACAUGACCGUCGGCGACUACUGGAUCCUGUGUCUAUGCGUCAGUCUCAUCUCCAUCUUCCUCACCACUGCUAUCAUCUUUGUUCUCAACCAGAGCAAAAAGGAGAUCAAUAUGAACCUGGACGUGCGGCUUAUCCAGGUGAACGAGAGGAUGGUCAAGCAUAAUCUGCUCGUGGCUGUUGCCGACUGGGUGCACAACUGUAGAGGAAGCAUGCAGCUAUGCUUUGUGUACUGGGACAUGUCUCGUUGUUUGACAACAUUGACAGAAACAUUAGAGGAACAUGCUUUAGCGGCCGUUGACACCCGGAACAAACUGAAAAAGAUGUCCCACCUCGUCCUUGUGAGCGAGGUCGUCGACCCGGAAGUCGUCGGCUCGGAUGUGGAAGAAGAAGCUGCUUCCGGAGAGGAGAGGCCUCUGCUGAGAAAUGAGGACAAAGGGUGCAGUUCCACUUGCAAACAGGAAGGGGGUGCUAAAGUCACCAGCAGCUACAGCCUCAUACCCGAUGCAGCCUUACCUGCUCAGGCUCGAGCUUACCAGCUGCUGAUGACCUACAGCGCCGCCUACGUGAAGCUACUGGUGUCCGAGAGGCUGUCCGGACCGUCGCAUCAUCGAGUCCGACCACGGAAAAAUCACUGCACCAACGCGCCGUUCUGCCUCUGCCAGUUCAUCAAACUCAAGAUCCUGGAAUAGCACAACAAGCUAAGUGCCAAACUGUUGUUUCCUGUUUUCACGCACUUAAAGGGGGGGCGGGGAUGGGGGGGGGGGAUCCUUGGCAGAACAUGCACUGAGAUCCACCCACAGGAAGCUGGAACUCAAGACAGACGUGCAGCGUGAGGUCGUGUUAAACAAUCUGAGAGACGCGGCGCUUCUCCUCGGGAGGCUAAAAGGCCAUCUGUGAUUCGUCCGCAGCUUCCAUCUUUAGUUCCUCCAUCCGAGCAUGGCGGGAUUUGGUCUGAUCCGCUGCUCUCUCUCUCUCUCUCUCUAUCUCGCUCUCUCUCGGGUGAAAAAAAACAUUUUAAUUCAGUGGAGGAUCUCAGUCGACAUGAACUUCACCAAGGAUUCCACCAAGGAAAAAUAUAUCUAUAUUGAUAUAGAUAUCUAUAUAUAUCUAUAUCUAUAUAUAGCUUACCCACGACUGGUAGAAAUAAUAAACACACUUCAUAUUCAUAUAUCAGUCCCAUUCUAAUCAUUUACAUGUCAUGCAAAUGUGCUGCAAAGGUUAGCAUGUUGUUUAUCAAUAAGGUAGGAAUAGCUUGUAAGAUCAAUAUUUUAAAAUAAAUAAAUACAAAAAUCUAAAAUUUUGAUAGUAAAGUCAUGUAUUCAUGAGAAAAAGCCAUAUUACGAAAAUAAAGUCAAAAUAUUACCAGAAUAAAGUUAUAAAUUUACAAGAAAAAAAGUCGUAUGUAAAUAUAUAUAUAUGUAAAUGUAUGACAAAAAAGUCAAAAUUACGAGAAUAAAGUUGGAAAUGUAUAAAUAAAGUCAAAUUUAUGAGAAAGAAAGUUGUACAUUUACAGGAAUAAAGUAACGAAUGUAUAAGAGAAAAAGUCAUAAUAUAACAAGCAUAAGGUCGUAAAAUUUACAAGAAAAAAAGUUGUAAAUUUACGAGAAAAAAAAGUCUGAAUAUUACGAGAAAAAGUUGUAUAAUUUACAAGAAAAAAAUUCAUAAUAUUACGUGAUAAAGUUGUAAAUGUACAAGAAUAAAGUCAUAAAUUUACAAGAAAAAAGUAAUGUCAUAAAUGUACAAGAAAAAGUUCGAGAAAGUCGUAAAUUUCAGAGAAAAAAAAGUCUGAAUAUGAAAGUUAAGUCAUAAAUUCAGCAGAAUAAAGUUGGAAAUUUAAGAAAAAAAAAUGUUGUCGAGUCAAAUUUACAAGAAAAAAGUAGCUAAUUUACAACAAUAAAGUCGUAACUUCACAAGAAAAACGUUGUACAUUUACAAGAAAAAUCGGUCAUAAUAUUAUGAGAAUAAAGUCAUACGUAUACACAAAUAAAGUCAUAAAUUUACGAGAAAAAAGUCGUAAAUUUAUGAGAAAAAACAGUCUGAAUAUUACGAGAAAAAAUUGUAUAAUUUACAAGAAAAAAAAAUCAUAAUAUUACGUGACAAAGUUGUAAAUGUACAAGAAUCAAGUCAAAUUGCAGAGAAUAAAAUCAGUAAAGUAAAGUCAUAAAUGUACAAAAAAAGUUCGAGAAAGUCGCAAAUUUCAGAGAAAAAAAAAGUCUGAAUAGUACGAGAAAAAGUCGUACAAUUUACAAGAAAAAAAAUGUGACAAAGUUGUAAAUGUACAAGAAUAAAUACAUUUACAGGAAAAAAAUGUCAGAAAUGUCCAAGAAAAAGUUCGAGAAAGUCGUAAAUUUCAGAGAAAAAAAAAGUCUGAAUAUUAGAAUAAAGUAAUAAAUUCAGCAGAGUAAAGUUUUUAAAAGAAAUUUAAGAGAAAAAAAUGUCGAGUCAAAUUUACAAAAAAAGUAGCAAAUUUACAACAAUAUAGUCGUAACUUCACAAGAAAAACGUGGUACAUUUCUGAGAAAAAUCGGUCACAAUAUUAUGAGAAUAAAGUCAUACAUAUAUACAAAUAAAGUCAAAUUCAUUUUUUUUAUUAUUUUUUUUUAUUUUUUUAAAGAAAAAAGUCAGAAUUCUACAAGAAAAAAGUGGUACAUUUAUUUACAAGGAAAAAGUAAUUAUUACGAGAUAAAGUUGUAAAUCUACGGGAAUAACGUCAUAUAGUCACAAUUAAUAAACGUGUCAGCGGGGAAAUAAAUUUCCUCUUAAAUUUUUUACUUUAUUCUUGUAAAUUUUUUACUUUACUCUUGUAAAUUUAUGACAUUUUUCUUGUAAAUUUAUGAAAUUUUUUCUCGUAAAUUUAUGAAUUUUUUUCUCUAAAUCUCCCAAUUUUUUUUCAAUCCUAUCACGAACAAAAAAUAGAUUAUAGCUUAUUCUAGUGUCCAAUAAUAAUACUAAUAACAAUCCACACAUCCAGCCUUUUCCUAACAAAUCCAUGUGACUUUUCCACCCCAGCGCACUGACCCAGUCGUCGCCAUCACCAUUGAUUCUCCACACAACUAUGGAGUCCCUUUAACGCCCCCCCAAAAAAACCGCACAAGACGGUAGAACGACAAGCACAGUGCCGUAUGAAAACCAGGUCAGCUAUAAAUAACCCCCAUGAAAGUGAUGAAAGUACACAAAAAAGACAAAGAGGUGAAAAACAAACACGCCCACGCAGACGGGAGCUUCAUCCUUUAUUUGAUUCACAAACAUAAACCAUCGGAAUGAAAACACAGCCUGUCAAUCAAAUACGGAACAAGCGGUAAAGAAAACGCAGCGUAGUUUUAACUAGAUAUGCUAACACUAGCUAGCUAGCAUAAACACUUUAUGUACUUCAUAACAACGCCGAUAGCCCAUCUUGGUCUAAAAUACGGGGUGGCCCCAAAGUCUGGACUUAAGAUUUAAUAGGAAAUAAAAUAAAUAAUAAAAUUAUUUUUUAUUAAAAUAAAAUAAAUAAAAUAAAAUAUUUCAAAAUUUUUAAAAAUACAUUAAGUUGAAUUUUUAUUAUUUAUAUUAGCUCAAUAUUUAUUUCAUUUAAUUCAUUAAUAAUCCAGACUUUUGGGGGUACCCUUCAAUUAAGUUAUCACAACAAAUAAGUGCAAUUCACAUUAUACAUCCUGUAUGUUUUAUAUAUACAUGUAUAUAUAUGUAUAUAUAUAUAUAUAUAAGCACAUACUUGCGUCAGUGCCACAAAACUUAUUUAAAGUGUCAACUUAAUAUUUCUAAGAGUGCAAGCUUAAAUAUAAUUCAUAUUUUAGGUGCUUUAGGGUUUUACAUAAAUACAUUUAAAAAUAUGCGCAUCACAUUAAAAUAUAGGAUUUUUUUUUUAAAGAGCAAUAUAGCAAAUUUGGCUAGUUUUUUCUUCAUUCCAACAUCAACAAAAUAAAAAAAAUAAACGUUUAAAGCAUUUUUUUUCCUAUAAUAAUAUUAGCGAUGCAAUCGUUUUUGAAAAUAGUAGGCAAGAAAAGGGGAAGUAGGAUAUGUUUUUCGUGUUAGCAACCAGUCUUAGCGACAUUCAUUAUCUUGGAUCAAAAGCUUUAUACGAUCGAGAAUAAAAUCGGAAAUUUUCAAAAAUAAAAAA